CGCGUGCGCAGAGCGAGCGAGGCGGCGCGGCGAGGGCGAGCGAGAUGCUGGCGCUGCGGGCGGCGCGGGGGGUCGCGCGGGGGCUGCUCCUCCGGGAGGUGGGCGAGGGGGAGGAAGGGGGUGGGGACCCCCGGGGAAAGGGGGGCCUCGCUGCUGCUGUUUCUGCUGCUUCCUCGGGGCAGAGACCCUGGCCGGGGCUGGGGGGUUGGGGCGGAGCUCCAUUCCCUUCAUUUGAUGCCUCUCUUUCGAAAACAUAUUCUUCGCCUCUGAGAUCCCCGUGGAUCUCUUCCAGGCUUCCUCCACCUUCGGCCCUCCAGAUGUUUUGAGACUACAAUUCCCAUCAUCCCUGACCACUGGUCCUGUUAGCUAGGGAUGAUGGGAGUUGGCAGGCGGUGGCUGGAUGGUGGGGUCUCAAAUCUGUUUCUUUCUUCUGUUUUGUAUAUGGCGUAACUAACACUGUCUUGCUUCUGUGCAAAUUGCUUACUGAAUUAAUCCUGGGUGCUUUCCAAAGAGGCGUAGGCAAACUCGGCCCUCCAGAUGUUUUGGGACUACAACUCCCAUCAUCCCUGACCACUGAGCCUGUUAGCUAGGGAUGAUGGGAGUUGUAGUCCCAAAACAUCUGGAGGGCCGAGGUUGAGGAAGCCUGAUCUAUUCGCUGGAGUUGGGCUGGAGGAUCCUCAGGGUCUCCAAUAAAAGCACACAGGAGAGGCAUUGGAGGAGAGGGUUAGGAAAGGCUGCAGGUGGGGGGGUGUGGGCUGGGGGAGGCGGAGCUGUGGGACUCCUUCUCUGGAGCCGGUGGGAGUGGGGCAGCCAGAGGGGGCAAAGGUGGAGAUUCCUUAUCCUUCCCACCACUCGGUGCCUCCUUGCUCUCCUUGAGGGAGGCAUAGAGCAGUGGCCACGGGGACUGAGAAGGUGGUAGGUCUUAGGGGAAGGGUCCCGGCCGAUGUUGCUUUUCUAAACCCGCUUUUUAUUGUUUAUUUGGGGAUGUAGCGGGUAGUGUUGGACUGUGGCCUGGCAAAGGUUCACAUCGCCCUCACUCGGCCAUUAAGACCUCUGGGGGUGACCUUGGGGCUCGGCCGCUUCCUCCCAGCCUAGCCUACCACACAGGGUUGAAGUGGUUAUUAAACAGGAAGCGAAGUAUAUGCCAUCUUGAGUCCCUUGGAGAAAAAGGUGGGCUAGAAAGGCAGGAAUAUUAUCCACCCUUCACCCUAAGGUCCCAGGGUGGGUUGCAGCAUUAAAGCACAGUAUUAAAAGCAGUUUGAAGCAACCCUAAAAAUAUAAGGUGGGUCCUAAAAUGGGGCAACUCGUGCCAAAACUUGCCUGAAGCUUUGGGGUGGCACAUUCACAUACCUCUGUGUGCUCCCUGGUGUUUUCUCCCAACAGCUGGUGGAGUCUUCUCUCUGCACACUCUCAGACUUUCCCCCCAAAUGUCUUUGCAGAGCAGCAGGCGGCCGGUGCCCACAGUGUGGCUGGCCAGAGUGCCUCAGAGAUGGUCCUCCAGCCUCCCUAUGAACACGGUGGUCCUCUUUGUGCCUCAGCAGGAAGCCUGGGUGGUGGAGCGGAUGGGCAAGUUUCAUCGCAUCCUGGAGCCAGUAAGGAACAGUCCUGCUUUCAGCAAUCGGGGUGUGGGGUGGAUCUGCAAAGGGAGACUUUUAAGGAACCAGUGGGGUGCCAGCUGGGUUUUAACAGCAGUCCGGCUUACAAGUUUGAAGAGUUAGGGUGUCCUUGGCUUUCCUAUGUAGAGAAAUGGACAAAAAACCUCACAAGACUGCCAAAAUGGAGGCCCCUCUUCUGAAGGAGGGAAAGGAAGGAAAAGAGGGAAGCAGAGUGUGUUGCCUGGCAUUGGAUGAAAGUAGAAAGUGCAGGUUGGGCUGGUAGUGGAGACUGAGGUCAUUGUUAACUAAAGUAAAGGGUCCUGUAGCACCUUUAAAGACAAACAAAUGCUGAAAUUAGAUUAGACGACACAGUUAACAUAUUUACCAUUUGAUGGUUUCUCCCAGACAUUAAAGGGACGCGGGUGGCGCUGUGGGUUAAACCCCUGAGCCUAGGACUUGCCGAUCAGAAGGUCGUCGGUUUGAAUCCCCGCGACGGGGUGAGCUCCCAUUGCUCAGUCCCUGCUCCUGCCAACCUAGCAAUUCGAAAGCACCUCAAAGUGCAAGUAGAUAAAUAGGUACCGCUCCAGCAGGAAGAUAAACGGCGUUUCCGUGCGCUGCUCUGGUUCACCAGAAGUGGCUUAGUCAUGCUGGCCACAUGACCCGGAAGCUGUACGCUGGCUCCCUCGGCCAGUAAAGUGAGAUGAGCGCCACAACCCCAGAGUCAGCCACGACUGGACCUAGUGGUCAGGGGUCCCUUUACCUUUACCUUUACCCAGACAUUAAAAAAAAGAAAGAAAUAGCAGCAAGUGCAGGUCCCAGGGACAGUGUCUUGCACAGAAGUUCACUCUUCAGUGUUAUUUUCCUGUCAAAAAUACCCCCCUGAAGUUCAGCCUGGAAAUAGCAUCUCCAAAGGGGCGGUUUUUAACAGGAAACUUGCGUGGGAUUGAUCAGUUGCAACCAUGUGAAUAACUGGAUAUUUUUUGGGAUAGUAAGCAAUUAAAACAAUUCCAAGCAAAAGCAGCACAGUAUCAACUAAACAAAACUGAAGAGGCGAGUCCCACAAAAAAAUUAUAUAUGUCAAAAGGUAGCAUAAAGAGGUUUCUUUGGCAUAUGGAAAAAGCUGUACGACAGAUUCUAGAUGCACUACUCUAGCUUUAAACUCUAGCGUGAGCACCUUAAAUUAAUCCUGGGAACCAAACUGGCAAACAGUGAGGCUGUUUUAAGACAGGAGGCAUAGGAGCCUGGCCCCAGGGACUGGGGGGAGCUUGAGUCAUGCAAGAACUGGAGGGCCGCAGGGUCUGCACUCUCCUGGUUUACAGCAGUGUAAAACGUAAGCUCAGCUUUCAGGUAAUUCAGCAAUCUGGAACAACUAGUUGCAUGGAGAAAGAGGUGACUGUUCUGGAGAAAUACUUUCCCCUUUGCUAACCCUUUUUGCCAGGGGCUGAACUUUCUCAUCCCGCUUCUCGACCGCAUCCGCUACGUGCAAAGCCUCAAGGAAAUCGUCAUCAAUGUGCCAGAACAGUCGGCUGUUACCCUUGGUGAGAAGAUUUGGCUGGGGAGGCAAGGAGUGGAAGGGCCGGGCAGGGCUGAGUUGGGGGCCGGCCCUGGAGUGGGUAAUUUGUGGCGUGGUCCAUCUCUGUCUAGGCCAGCAAAACCUCCUUGCCAGUGCUGGAUAACCCGGGUUCUUUAGUUUUCCUUUGCAUAGUUACAUGUGUGAAGACAGAGCUUUGUCUGUCUGCGUUCAUCCAAGGCCUUUGCAAAUUGAAUCGGUCUACCUCAGAAAGUAUUGACCAGAUGUCUGUAGAGCAAUUGCCUGGUUCUUAAUCCUUCUCCAAACAAAGGGAGGCCUAGACUUUCUGUUCUCUGUGUUGGAAGGACCUUCGCUAUUUGGUUGGGGAAACUCUUGCUUGUACCUGCACUUGCUUGGGCGUAGGUCUUUUGCUGCCUCCUUCCCCUGCUGUUGGGCCUUCUCUGUAUCUUCAUCGUGGGCGGUGGGCCCUCUGCCUUGUUCUCAUGAAAUUGUUCUUUGUUUCCCUCCAGAUAAUGUCACUCUCCAGAUCGACGGCGUCCUCUACUUGCGAGUCAUGGACCCCUACAAGGUACUACCUUCCUGGAAACUGACCGUGGCCUAAUCAAGCCAGGAGCCCCUCUGGGACACAGCAGAGGAUUCCACCCCCAUCUCAGCAGCUCUUGUAACCCUUGUGCAUGUUUGGGGGUGCACAGCUGAGAGGGCAAGAAGGGGGGUGGUGUCUGCUGAGCUUUCUGUAGUCUUCUGGGGCCAGGAGGGGGCGAGGCCUUUCCCUUUGUCCUUGGCCCUGGGAGUGUCAGGCAGCCAGUGGUGCCUUCCUCUUCCACGUCUCUGCCUCCUCCUUUUUCCCUCUAGGCCAGUUACGGAGUGGAGGACCCUGAAUACGCCGUCACCCAGCUUGCCCAGACCACCAUGAGGUCUGAGCUGGGCAAGCUCACCCUCGAUAAAGUCUUUCGGGUGAGCCACGGGAAGGGAGGUGUGGUGGCUAAUGAGGUCUGGGGUGUGUAUCUGGCACUGGGGGGUAGAAGUGGGCGGGCCAGAGCUCUGCGGCAGACCAGGGCUGUAUAACAGGAGGGGCGGCAGACUGGGUUUCUGGGGGAGCUGCAGAGAAAGCUUGCAGGGUGUGGAUACUGCAUGAUACAAGGAAAUUCAGGUGUGCUGCAGGUGCCCUGUGUGGCACGGCUUGGGUGAAGUGGGGGUGCUCGCCUGCUUUGAGGAAUAUGGGGCACAGGCUUUGCUUCGCCAGGUCCUCUGGCUGGUGAGAGCACCCAGGCAGCGAGGGCUGGAGAACAGCCAGGCCUGGGAAAGAAUCCAUGGUUAAGCUCAGACUUUGCCUGCAGGAGGUCCUGGGUUCAGCCACCAGCGCCUCCAGUUGAAAAGGGUCGGAGUGGAGAGGAAGGUCCUUCCCUGCCCAGGACUCCGGAGAGGCGUUGCUGCCGGUCAGAGCAGGCGGUGGCUGGCCUGGGGCAAAGCAGGCAGCUUCCUUUGCCGUUCCCAAAGCUGUGUCUCCUUCGCUGACCCCACAUUUCCCCACUCAGGAGCGUGAAAACCUCAACGCCAGCAUUGUGGACGCCAUCAACCAGGCUUCAGACUACUGGGGCAUCCGGUGCCUGCGCUAUGAGAUCAAGGACAUCCACGUGCCCCCUCGCGUCAAGGAGUCCAUGCAGAUGCAGGUCAGCCGGGCCAUUGGAAGACUCUCUGGGUGGCCUGGGGCUGGGGGCAGACUGCCAUUCCCUCUGCCUCCUCCGUCCGUGGUCCAGCUUGCUUUCUCUGAUCUGGCUGAGGACUGAAAACGGGACACCGCAGUCUGUCCUGGUGAUGCCUCUCAGCUGCUUUUCCCUCUCCCUGGCGUGGGUACUGUCCUCGCAGGCUCUGGAACGCAGGACUUUUUUGCCUGUGGUGUGGGAGCCAACGAUCCUGGGAGCGAUGAUCUCUGUGUGUCUUGGGGCUGCUCACCCCUUUAGGGUCGCACGGCUUUUCUGCCAGGAGGUUGGCAGGUCUCUCACCAAGCAGCGCUUUCCCUUCAGGUGGAGGCCGAGAGACGCAAGCGGGCAACCGUGCUGGAGUCAGAAGGGACCCGGGAGUCAGCCAUCAACGUGGCGGAGGGGAAGAAGCAAGCUCAGAUCCUGGCCUCGGAGGCGGAGAAGGCGGAGCAGAUCAACCAGGCUUCCGGUAACCUCAGGAGGCCUCUCCUGGUUAAAGGCAGAGAAGGGCAGGGAGACCUCUGAGGCUGCCUCCCUCCUCCUCUGCCCCAUAACUUGGAGCCUCUAGUGCUGGUGUUUGUGGGAGGAAUGGAUGAGGGGCAGGAGGUGAAACGUGAGCAAAGGAUAAAUGUGCAGUGGGAAACAGCCGGGAGUCUCAGCCAAAGAGUAGAGGGCUGUCAUGUGGGGCGGGCAUGACAGUUCAUCCCUGAAGGAGGAUAUCUGCCUUGAGAUCUAGAAACCUGCUGUGAAAUACAGAGCUGGGAUUUUGGGGGAUGCUGCUUGUGCAGAGGAUGCCAGAUCCCGACCCACCAAACAUGACAUUGUUCCCCAUGGUCCAGCAGAACCCUGACCCAUAGGAGGUGCCCCUUUCUCCUAUUUCUGCUUUGAUAUCAUCCACUCCUUGGGAAUUUGGGCUUCUUUCCAGGUGUGUAGGGGAGGUUGCCUCAUUUCCUUCCUAGCUCCUACACCCAGGGAAGCACCUGGGGCCAAGGGUGUCUGGCGUAAUUGGGGAAGGGGUCCUGCUUGUGCUGUUAGCUGAGCCCAUUUUUUACCAGGGACGGGGAUGGGUUCAUGUUCUUUGGGGCUCCCCUGAACCUGCCCGACAGCCCUUUUCUUCCUUUCCCAGGGGAAGCCAGUGCCAUUCUGGUGAAGGCUCAGGCCAAAGCAGAAGCAAUCCGAGUCGUGGCAGCUGCUCUGGCACAGCAGGUGAUGGGGGGGGGGCGUCUCAAGGGAAGCACCUGCCUGGGGAGACCCCUUGGGAGGGAGUUUCCCAGCAUGCGCUUGGUGUCAGGUUGGAGCGGCUCUCCUAAGGCCUUGCAGCCAACUUCUGGCUAAGUUGUCACCCUGGGCUCCUUUGGAGGAAGGAGAUGUUCCAAGCCCCUCCGGAGCCUAAGAAUAGCCUGCCUUGUUGUCUUUCGUCUGGGCAAGAGGAGAUGGAAGUGCUUGGAUUGCAAAGCAAACGGAUAGGGACUUGAUUUGAUCCUUCCUCAUCCCUCAGAAAUGGUGUCCUCUGUCACACCAGAAGUACUGUUCUUGGGGGACAGGGGGCGGGCUGGUGUGGAGGACUCCCUGGUCCUGAAUGGAGUAACUGUGCCCCUAAAGGAGCAGGUGUGCAGCCUGGGAGUCAUUUUGGACUCACAGCUGUCCAUGGAGGCGCAGGUCAAUUCUGUAUCCUGGGGAGCUGUUUAUCAGCUCCAUGUGGAACGCAGGAUGAGACUCUCCGUGUCCGCGGACUGUCUGGCCAGAGUGGUGCAUGCUCUGGUUAUCUCUUGCUUGGACUACUGCAAUGCGCUCUACGUGGGGCUCCCUUUGAAGGUGACCUGGAAACUGCAAUUAAUCCAGAAUGCGGUAGCUAGACUGGUGGCUGGGAGCGGCCGCCGAGACCAUAUAAGGCUGGGCUUGAAAAACCUACAUUGGCUCCCAGUACGUUUCUGAGCACAAUUCGAAGUGUUGGUGCUGACCUUGAAAGCCCUAAAUGGCCUCGGUCCUGUAUACCUGAAGGAGCGUCUCCACCCCCAUCGUUCAGCCUGGACACUGAGGUCCAGCUCCGAGGGCCUUCUGGUGGUUCCCUCCCUGCAAAAAGCAAAGCUACAGGGAACCAGGCAGAGGGCCUUCUCGGUAGUGGCGCCCGCCCUGUGGAACACCCUCCCACCAGAUGUCAAAGAGAAAAACAACUACCAGACUUUUAUAAGACAUCUGAAGGCAGCCCUGUUUAGGGAAGUUUUUAAUGUUUAAUAGACUGUUGUAUUUUAAUACUUUGUUGGAAGCCGCCAGAUGGGUGGGGUAUAAAUUCUAUUCUAUUCUACACCAAGCAAGCUGGAGGUGGAGAGCCCCAUUCUGGGACAUUUCUCUCCCUCUCUUCCUCCUCCUCCCUGUCUUUCUUUCCUGCGUCUUUGUACCAUCUCACUUCCUCUCCUCUCUCCCUCCCAGAACGGAAACAGUGCAGCUUCUCUGUCUGUGGCUGAGCAGUAUGUGGCUGCUUUCUCCAAGCUGGCAAAAGAGUCCAACACCAUUCUUCUGCCAUCCAGCACGGGAGACAUGUCCAGCAUGGUUGCCCAGGUGAGUUUGGUGUGCCAGGAGGCAGGUGGGCGGAUUGGGAUCUGCUGGCACCAGUGGAGGGCAGGAGCUUGCAGGGGUGCAGGUCCAGUAAGGAAGGAGAUUUGGGUCAAACAUCGCAAGAGCAAAAGAUCUUUGCGUGCAGUUGAAACAACAGCCGCUUAAGGCUUCUAAGGUUGCAAGAAUUCAGCAGUUUCCUUGUUGGUCAGGGGUUGGGGAGGGAGGAAGAGAGGAAGUAUCUGGUGGAAGGACUGCCUCACCUCGGGUCAGGAGCCUCCAUUAGGCAUCUUGCAGCCUGAUGCCAUCAGAGAUGGGCGCUUCUCACACCAUAUAGCACCUGUCUUGAAAGACCUACACUGGCUCCCAGUACAUUUCCGAGCACAAUUCAAUGUGUUGGUGCUGACCUUGAAAGCCUAAACGGCCUCGGCCCAGUAUACCUGAAGGAGCGUCUCCACCCCCAUCGUUCAGCCCAGACACUGAGGUCCAGUGCUGAGGGUCUUCUGGCAGUUCCCUCCCUGCGAGAAGCCAAGUGACAGGGAACCAGGCAGAGGGCCUUCUCGGUGGUGGCACCCUCCCUGUGGAAUGCCCUCCCACUAGAUGUCAAAGGGAAGAACAACUAUCAGACUUUUAGAAUACAUCUGAAAGCAGCCCUGUUUAGGGAAGUUUUUAAUGUUUAAUAGGUUAUUGUAUUUUAAUAUUCUGUUGGAAGCCGCCCCGAGUGGCUGGGGAAACCCAGCCAGAUGGGUGGGGUAUACAUAAUACAUUAUUAUUAUUAUUAUUAUUAUUAUUAUUAUUGAAGCUGGUGCCCUUCAGGAGCCCAAACUCUGCCUAUGAUCCAGCUGUUUAGUGGAACAGGGGCCUUGCAGUGCUGGAAAGCAACGAUUGACUUUGGACCUGCAAGUUGAGUCUGCUUCUGAUCUGACCCCCGGCAUAACCAGUGUGUGGUCAUCCACUCCUAGGCUCCAUUUCCCCUUGGGGGGUGGGCUGGUAUGGUGAGGUCCUCUUGCAGAAUGCAAAACAGCCCACACUCUGGGUUGCUGGGUAGAGUGAGGGCAGAUCCUUCCAGCUACUUCUGUGUUGUGUGAUCCAUGCCAUGUUCUGUGUUGAGGGGCUCUGACCUCUCCCUCCCACCCUCCCUCUUCUCUCUCUCCAGGCAAUGGGAAUCUAUGGCUCCCUGAGCAAACCCCAGCCCACCAAGGCGGCCUCUGCGGAAGUCACAACUCCUUCCACCCUCCAGGCCCCUCCUCCGCCUCUGCCCCCAAGCAUAGAGUACACUGAGCAGGAGCAGCAGCCGAGCGCCAGCUAACAGAGAAGCCCCCCCUGCCCCCCGCCUUGGACUCUUGUCCUUCCCCUCUUUGGAUUAUUUUCUAAUUUGGAUUUAAUCAUGUAAUAAAAGGAGAUGGCCAGGAAACAGCCG